UAUAAAUAUUGAUAAAUAUUAGAAACUCCGAAACUAAUAAAUGAAAGAUAGUGAAGAGAGAGAAGAAGACCAAGACCCAUUCCCAAAGGUUCCUCCGCAAGCAAGAAUUGUUGAUGUUUGGGAAGACAACUUUUAUGAGGAGCUUGAAAAAAUUAUAGAAUUAUUGUCGAUUUACAACAAUGUAGCCAUGGACACUGAAUUUCCAGGAUGCCCUGAAGUCCCUCCUUCAGUAACAGAGGAUUUCGGAUAUCAGUUAGUAAAAGUCAAUGUGGAUAGAUGCAAGCUAAUUCAGCUGGGGAUAACGCUGUUUGAUGAUAAAGGACAAACUCCACCAGGUCAAUGCUGCUGGCAGUUCAAUUUUAAAUUUGACAAGAAUACUGAAAUAUCAGCAGAGGCAUCAAUUAGAGUUCUUAUAGAUGCAGGAAUCGACUUUGAAAAGCACCGGACAAGUGGAAUUGAUCACCUAAAUUUUGCAUAUUAUUUCAUGACAUCUGGGCUCGUACUAAACAAUGAUGUGAAGUGGAUUUGCUUUCAUGGGAGUCAAGAUUUUGGUUACAUGUAUAGAGUUCUUGCAAAUUGUCCAUUACCAGAGUCAGAGGACUCUUUCUCUCAUGAAUUGAAGAAGUAUUUCCCUGUUUUAUAUGACACAAAAUUCAUGAAACAUGAAAUUGAAGAAUUAAGAGGAGGCUUGCAGAAAACUGGUGAAGUAAUGAACCUUGACAGAAUUGGAAUUCAGCAUCAAGCAGGUAGUGAUAGCUGGCUGACUGGACUUGUCUUCUUUGAUCUCUGAAACACUUAUCUCAAUGGACAGGAUAUAGAAAAAGAAUACAAUAAUGUCAUCUUUGGAUUAGGAGUCAGUGAAAAUGAUGAUGGAUAUCUGGAACAUUACACAAGCAAAUCAGAGGCGUUAGAAAGACAGCAAAGAGAAAGAGAAGAGCAAGCCGAGUAUAAUCAAUUUGAUCAUUCCUCUUAUUAUGACAUGGGGCACCACCAGCCUGAUGGCUACCCAAUGUACAUGCAAGAUUCUUAUCAAGGAAAUCAUUAUCAUCCUCAGCCAAUGAUGUCUCAGAACCCGCCAAUGAAUUCAGGGAAUUUCCACCCUUCAAUGUCUCCGAACAUUCCUCAGCAUCCUUAUGGAAUCCCACAAAGCCCAGUUGAUUACCAAGAAGAUGAUGGGAACAUGCAAUAUAUGGGACAAUAUCAGAUGACGAGACAUCAAUCAAUUCCAGGGCAACCUGAAGAGUACCCUGCUUAUGGAAAUGGCUACUAAUUGGAUUAACAUCCAAUAUAUUUCUAUUACUCCAAAACUUAAAUCAAUUUAUAUUCC